CAUUUUCCUUUUUCUAUUUUCAUUUACUUACUCUGUUCCAAUUGAGAUUUGAUGCAUCUGUAUACAAUUUAUAUACUAAAGUAAGUUACAAACAUAAAUUGAUUUCUAUUACUUCAUAACUCAAGUUUUAUACACGUGUUUUUAUAAAUGGAAUUCAAAUGCUGGUCGAAAAAUGUUGCUUGGAAGGAGGUGAAAUAAAAGUACACAAUAUGUGCUACAAGAUGGCGGGGUUAUCGUCUUCUACAUUCGUUCUUUGCCGAAGAGGAUGUUUUUUGUAGGCUGGACCGAAAGUGGUUCUGCUAGGAUGCUGCACAAACGCGGCGCCUGUGUUGCUAGUAAUUGACAGCUGCCGAAAAGCGGCGACUCAGUCGGACGCGUGUAUAAAACUGUAUUUUGUGUCCCAUAAUGAGAUCGAAUAUUUUACUCGCAAAGAUUUAAAAAGAAACACGGUUAAUUAUUGUUUAUACAUCUAUCGCUGUAAGAUUUUGAUAUACGUCAUUUACGCCUGCGUGGUUGAAAAAGUUCAUAUGUGUUUACAAGUUUCACGAAACAUCGUGGUGCACAUUUAGCAGCGAUCAUGUAUACGUUCGCGGCGUAUUCCGUAUUUAUGCAUCGUUUGAAAGCAUAGCGGAAGUCAAAAAUGUUCCUGCAACUUGAACAUUGAACGAUCAAAGUGAAGUUUAUGUUAAAUCAUUUUUUUUCUCAACGUGUUCACCGAAUGUGCUCGUCGUGGCGACCAUGUACAUAUGUUUAUCUUUACCAACACGUUGAAAAUACUUCGGUAAGUUGUCUGACUAAUCUUAUAACGAUACUACUGGGAAAAUUCUAAGCAUAAGUUAACAAAUAAUUGAUGUCAACCGCAUAUGACAGUGUUUUAUUUAUUUCAAUGAUUUUCAUAAUUUAUAAAAAUAAAUUGUGAAACUGAUAAAUUUGAAAAGCUUGCGUGCUUUAACUGUUCUAAUAACUGUGGAAACCGGUUUUCCCGAAAAUUAAAUUUUUCUCGACCGCACACGACGUUCCCUUGUAACUUGGUGUCUUUUUCUUACAAUAUCGUUUCGAAAUCAUAAGGUACCGCGUAAAUUCACGAGGAAUAAUUUGAAUCUCUCAAAGGAUUUACAGCUAACUGGUUACCCGUGUAGAUUGCACACUCGCAAGAGCGCUCCUUUGAUAGAUCGUCAUUCUCCUCAGACUUUCGCCAGUUCAGUGACGUAUACGGAGACAUCGAUACAGAGUCCGUAUCGAACGUUGCUAUCUAAUGAUCACUACAUAUGUCAAAUAUUAUUUAUUUUGUUAUAAAGAAAAAUACAUACAAAUAGGUAGUUAACAUAUUCGCGGGCCUUUACUCGAUAUCGCAUACUCGAUUGUCAGCGAUUAUCUGUAUUAAUCGAUUAACGCGUAGAUUUAUGCGUAUCGCGUGUAAUGUCGAAUCGUAUUUGUCCACUGACCGUGAACAUAGUACUUACUACUAUAAACUUUAAACGGCAGCAAACGAAUGCCCUCGGUACAACUUAUUAAAUCGUACGUUCGUUUACUUGCAAGGGGGGCAUCCAUGGACCCACUGGUUCAUAACGAUCUCAUAAAUCAUAUUGAUCUACGGUUCUUCGUGAAGCGUUUACACGCAUUCUAUUAAUGUCAAGAAGAAAUUAUGAAAAAGAGCAAUCGGUAAUGUACGGAGUGAUACCCGUCGAUGGAAUGCAUCCGAUGGACCGUGUCGUUGGAUCGAUGGGAUGAGAAUGGAAAAGAGAAACGUAUAAAUAAUGACAAAUAGGAAGACGAGGAGCUAGCUUAUAAGAAAGGUCAUCGGGGUUUGGCGACAUCCUGCGGAAACAGGAACACGGUCAACGGGUUUCCUAAAUACGCAAUCGAACGACAAGAUCAACGAAACGAUCGAGAAAUUCGCUGUAAGAUCAUGGCAUGUGUCGCUGUGAUAGCAGUAAGAGUGAGAGAGAGAGAGAGAGGGAGUGAUAGGGAGGGGUACACAAUGUAAAGCCGCGUUUCUCCUGCGAAGAGGAUCGCGGCAAGGGUUCGAAUAAGAGGAGCGGUGGUGGGGGUGGAAAGAUGCAGAGGGAGAGGGUAAAGAGUAGGACAGAGGGGAAAAACGAUGUGAACACAGGAGAGAAAGAAAGAAGGACGAGUGAGAUGGGUAUACGCGAUAUAGGUUUUGGUUUGGGCAGCCGUUGGAAUGCGGCGGCCGCGGGGCGGACGACCGUACACCAUGCCACGCCGUAUGUACACUCGUACACUCGAUGCCGUACCACCUGGUCGGUGUACAGGAUUCAGCGCCGCGUCCAGCACAUUCCGUGCCCCAGGCAGAAUCGUACUUUUGUUUACGCCCACGUGCAUCACCCUGAAACACGAAUUUUCUUCUGGUCCUUGUGAAAUCACACGGACCAGGUAUCGUAUUAUUUCCACUGUCUCACUGCGCAUGCGCAACUAAUGCCCGCGUUUAUUUUUAUUGAUUCACUGCGCAUGCGCGGUAGACCGUCGCGCGCCUUCCAAAAUCUGAACGAUCAUGAGUGUUGAGUAUUUUUUGGUUAUGUUUACAUUGUGGUGGUAUGUUUUUAUUAUUUCACUGAAACACAGAUCUCCGUUAGAAAUUCCCAAACUCCCUUCGGUACAGCUAAUCACAGUAGCUUGUAAAUUACCCAUAAAGAUGGAAUUCUUACGUUUGUAGAGGAGGAUUGUCGGUUGUGGAGGUGUGUAUACGUGAUAUACUACGGGUCAAGAUUAAGAUAAGAUUAAACGUGAGUUUUGAGCUAGAGCGAGUCUGUGUCACCCAACGAGAAUCUUGUCGGCAACUUUCAGUUCCUUUGAGGUUGAUCCCUGAUUGGUAUCUCUGGAGCUGCUUGACAGUUAUGGAAAUUAAAGGAAUCUGUUAACGUUGACAAAUUGUAUUUUUCAUCACGGGACAAGAAGAAUGUUGUACACCGUUACUUCCUAGUAAUAGCAUAUCGGGCAUACAUUAUCGACCACGUAAAAUUCAUUUAUUUCAUUACAAGACGUGUUUGUAACUUGCAAUAUCAACCGAUAACCUAAUAUGACACUGAUUGUAGGCGCCAUUAUUCAAAACACAAGCUUUCAGAUAGUUGAAGGAUGGAUAAGAAUGAUGAGAAGUAACGAAGUGGAAGUAGAGCAGAACUUGAAUACGAGGAGAAAAGGAGUCGUAAAGAAUUGUACAAAUAAAAAAGCAAAACACCAGGAAUCUUAUAGGAGGAUUAUAAAAAAUUGUGUACAACCAAGAUUCUUUAAGUAGGCCAUGAAGAAAUAAGGCAAUUGGAAUAAUAAUAGGCAUAGAAACGUAUAUUUAGAAUACAAAAAGGAUCAUCGCGAGACAAGUUUGGUACUGAAGCUGCUGGAGCAAAAGUGACCACAUUACAAAGAAAUUCUUUGCCUUUUUAAGAUACAUAAUACAUAUAUAAGAGUUGAAAAAAUAAAUUGAAUGCCAUGUUUGGUAAGUUGCAAAAUUUCCAAUCUAUACAUUCAUGGAAAAUAAAAACGGCAAUUUCAUUUCCUUUUCAAACUUAUACAAGAUUUAAAAUUACACCCAUGACGACCUGUAAAGAUUGCAGAGACCAAAUGAUCGCAAAAAUCAAGUCAGAGGGACGUUUUUUUGUUUGAGGUGUUUGAUGAAAGAAAAAGGGGAUCAGAAGAGCUCAUUUCUCUGGACAAAAACAGUGGAAGGAUCCUGAAGAAUGUUGGCAUUCCGCGAACAUCGCGUGGAUGAAAAUUCUACGAAAGGGCAGCGAACAUUGUGCGCGUGCUUUCACUUUGUGAAGAAACACGGGGGUGAGAAGGAGGAGGCGAGACGGUGUUCCCGAUAUGCACGUUUAAGGAAGCACUUUGGGAGCCAACCAGAGUAAUUGCAUACAUGGGCUCCCAUCAAACCGACCAACACGCUGCAACUGGUCAGCUUCUCUCGUUUGCAGAAUCUUCCAAAAAAAGAAAAAAGAAAAAAAACAAAACAAAAAGAAUUGAACCCACCUGCGCCAUUAUUUCUCGCGCCAGGACUUACAUUUUAAUUAUUUAUUUAUUUAAAUAGAGCGAGGCCUGCUUGAUAAGGACUACGCUAGUAAUUAUCACGAAUAGCACGUCGUCUAAGUGAUCGAGGUGUCCGAGUUUACGAGCAACUGAUUGAAAACCAGUUAUCAAGUAGAAUCGCCUGGAGGUGCAACGGCGUUAACGGAGGACAGAACGAUCUGGCUUCGAAAUAGGAAAAUUAAAAUUAAAGGUCUUGCAGCGUAAGCCGCAACGGGAGACACAAUGAACGUCGAACGACCAACGAUGGACGGUUGCGGUCAGCAGCCGUUGUUUUUGACCGGGACUUCCGGUUCUGGCGGUAUAUCCAAUCCCCAGCAGCAAACUGUCCAAACCGGUGCGCCUCCCGAACAUUAUGGAGGACCAUUGAGCCUGAGUAUCUGCAUAUCCGAUUCCGGCCACGAGAUACUGCGACCCAAGCCACGUCGACCUGGCGGUGGCGGUGGCAGUGGAAGGGAAUUGUAUUGUCCUCCGUAUUCAAAGGAUUUUACGGACAGUUCAACGAAAAACGGUGUCCACAAUAUGGUUCACAUGGUAGCGGAAAGGGACACGGAUAGCGUAGCACCAACGCCAACGCCUCAGCACCCUCAUCAUUCUCAGCAUCACCAUCUCAGUUUACACGAAAUUCGUGCGCUUCAGAGGCGACCAGAAUGUACUGGUAAUAGCUCCUCGGAUGAGAAUCGAUCGUCGGGACAUGCGAGCAUGUCGGACACGGGUGGCCACACGAGCAGCAGUUCACCACCGCAUCGUCACCACAGAGCUCACAGUCCCCAACAGUUAAACUCGGUGCCCGAAGACGAUCGUUUGUCAGCCUCGGUUACACAGAGAAAUGGCAGGAGUAGAUCCGGCCAGAAUCGCAAUAGACACAGAGCUACACCUGCCAAGUUGCAGGUACCCUGGUCCGGUUCCGGUUUAGAGGAUAUCAAACUAGCUAUCCAGCAGCUGACAAUGCGCUCUCACAAAUCAUCCUCGACUUACUCCUCCUUGAGCGGCUCCGAGAGUUCAGAACCAGCUGUAAGGAGGUUGAUGAGACAUUCCAGCCUGGAAACUAUCAACACUAACGUGACCAGCGCCGACGAAUUCGUCUGGGUAGACUCGCACAAUAGACUGGUGGAACUGCAACAAUUACCCUGGACUCAUCACGACGUCCUACGCGUUUUACAAAAUGGUAGAACCAGGGAGCACAUGGAACAAGUGUCGAUGGAAACGAUACCUCGGCUCUCUUAUUUGUUGCAACGCGCUCUGGUCAGAGUUGGUCGAGAAACGCAGAGAUUAGCGAAACCAGUUGGUCUUUGCAGCAAACACGAAGUGUACAGCGCGUUCAAGAUUGUCCUUUGUCCGGCUUUGGCAGAUUCUUGCACCAAGGCAUGCUUAAGAGCCGCGGCUAUGUUUGCCGUAUCCGGUGAUCAGCUGAAGCAAUCAAAAGCAUCUCGUUCAGGGUUGCAGCUACCGGUAGGACGAUUUCUUCGUUGGAUGUCCGACGUACGGCUUGGAAGAAUGAUACACGAAUACGCGGCCAUAUAUUUGACCGCGGGUAUUGAAAACCUUCUGGAAGAAAUAUUGUUACAAUGCAUACCUACCGAUCCGCACACAACGUUAACCGCAACGAUGCUGGAACAUGCUAUAGCGAACAGCGGUGAUUUAUGGGGUCUUCUGCAACCGUACGCGCAUUUGAAUGCUGGUCGAACAGCAUCAGGUGCUCUGGCAAUGCCACGUUGGGCAAGCGUAAGUUCCUUAAACUCUUCUUCGUCGUCGUCUCGCAGUGGAAGAGACGCAACGAGUUCAGCAUUGGAACCAUCGCUGUUAACCACCUGUGUCGGCUCGAUGUCAGAGUUGAUAGAUUUGAUCUCCAAAGUGGCACAAGCCGGACGUUCACCCAUACCCUUAACAACCAAAGCACUGAACGCUUUGUUCUAUUAUAUGAGGUGUUCACAGUUGGAGCAUGGAGAACGAGGUUCUGGUAUACAAGAACUCGCUUAUGAACGAGCGUACGUGGUCCUUCCGCCGUUGGUAGAGUGGCUACGCGUUGCAACUGCUCAUGCAGAACAUAGACACGGCCUCGUUGUAGAUCAAGACGAUAUUAAUCAAGCUGCCAGAUUGCUAUUACCUGGAGUAGACUGCCCUGUUAGACCUAUAUGCUUUGAAGAAGUUUCAGUCUGUUCGAAACGCAUCGAUGACACCGAAUAUGUGCGUCUUCUUACGAUGGAUAUGGCGUUCAAAAUGUUAACCAGUGGUCGUGCCGAUCUGAUAGCUCAAGCUAUGCCUCUUUUGCCAUCCGCGAAAAUCAACACGGUAAACGACAAUGGUUUCACCGCGUUGAUGAUAGCCUGCAUAAACGGGGAUGAAACUGCUGUACUAGCUUUACUGGAUGCUGGAGCGGACUUGAAUAUAGAAAGUCCACCACCCUCCACUGGUCAAUUAGCAAACACACCUUCCAAGGUUCCGGUAACACCAGGGACAUCGAGCACUAGAAGUCCCGUUACUCCAUCCUCGAUGAUGUCCUCAGGGAAAAGUAUCCAAUCUUCGAAUUCAGCUUCCAGUUUACCAAGUCCUUCGAACAACGUUUCGAGCAAUGUCUGCUGCAAUCAAACUGCUUUCAAUGCUGAAACUCAACACUGGACCGCUUUAACUUACACGGCAUUGAUGGGACACUGUAAUAUCGCCAGGAUAUUGUUGGAAAGAGGCGCAGCAGUGGAAGGUGGUGCUAAACCCAGUGAGGACAAAUGUACAGUUACACCGUUGCAAGCUGCUACAGCAACUGGUAACAACGAAAUGGUGGCACUGCUGUUAGCUCACGGAGCGCAACCAUUUUUGUCAACGUUGAUCAAAGAUUCGUUUUCUUACUCCGGAUCAGCGCAACGUGGUUGUUACAGUGCAAUAUCAGUAGCAACAGCUCAUGGUCAAAGAAGCUGCCUUCACCAGCUGUUAUCUCAUCCUCUGAAUUUUUCUGCUAAACGAGGAGAGAAAGAGGUGUUGUCUUUGGAAGAGAUUCUUGCAGAAGGUAGCGCAGCCAGCAGUCCGCAACAACAAACUGUAGAUGGAAGAGGGAAUCGAAGGGAAGGAAAAGAACCAGUUUUUAAUAAGGUUCAGACAAAAGCUUUGCAGGAAGCGAUGUAUCACAGUGCUGAAAGUAACCAUUUAGAUAUCACAAUGGAACUUCGUGGAUUAAAAGUAGGUUGGACCUUACAUUGUUGGAUGCAUAGUCUUGGAACAGCUCACGAAAUGAGACUAGAUUCCGUGAUAGAUCAAUUGCUUCAAGAUUUCCUUCAAGUGUGUCCAGAUGAUUAUUCGACACAAUUUGUACAAGAAUGUCUUCCUUUGUUAUUUAACAUUUUUAGGUAUAGCAAGAAAGAAGGCACGACUCUUCUUCUUGCCGACAUUUUCUGUACAUGCUUUGGGUGGGAACCGAUAAAACCUAUCAGAGACACUACACUUUCAAGUGGAUCAAGAAUAGAUCCAAAAUUUGUAAAUAAUCCAGAGUUAAGCGAUGUACAGUUCAGAGUGGAGGGUAGAGUUUUCUAUGGCCAUAAAAUUGUUUUAGUCACAUCCUCUCCAAGGUUUAGAAACAUGUUGAGUUCCAAAUUAUGCGAGGGAAAUCCUCCUAUUGUACAGAUUAAUGAUAUACGAUACCACAUUUUUCAGAUGGUUAUGGAAUUUUUGUACCACGGUGGAUGUGCCACAUUAGAAGUUAAUCAAAGUGAUGUCUUGGAAUUAAUGGCUGCAGCGAAUUUCUUCCAAUUAGAUGGUUUGCUUAGGUACUGUGAAGCGCAAUGCUCUUCAAUGGUUGAUCUUGAUAACAUUGUUUCCAUGUACAUUCAUGCAAAGGUUUAUAACGCGACUCAACUUUUAGAAUAUUGCCAAGGAUUUUUGUUACAAAAUAUGGUCGCUUUAUUGACUUACGAUGACUCGGUUAAGCGUCUAUUGUUUGCUAAAAAACUGCCAAAUCACGAUGUCCUCGCGGGCCUUCUUCUUACUUUGCAAGCAAGAAUAAAAACUAGACGAUCUCAGCAACAAAAUAAGAUAAAAGCUUAGAGAUAUUAUGUAUCGUAUACAGUAUAGCGGUAUCAUUAUCAUUUCGUUUCCGCUUUCGUCGUGUAUAAUUAUCAACAUAUAUAGGUGACGUCACUUAUAAAGAAAAAAAAGACAAGAUAUUUACAUCAAUUAAGACUGAAUGUUUCAUAUUUUAUCUUGAACUUUUUAUCAGGUAUUUAAAUAUAAAUCUCCAGUAAUUUAUAUCAGAGGAUUAUAAUUUUCAUGCGCUGUUUAUUUACUUCUUUCAAGGUACUAAUAGAAUUUAAGAAUGAUACAUGUGUGAUGCAAAUGAUACAUCUGUUUUACGCUUGUUGUAUAGUGUUUCUUUAAUUUUUUUUCUUCUUUUCUUCUUCUUUAUAGUUUACGAAAAAAGAGAUUCUUUUGUAAACUCUAAAGUAUGAGAUAUAAAUGUAUAUUAUAUAUUGUUUAAACUAUAAAAAUUACAUACUUUGUUUAUGCAUGUAUAAUAAUUAAGAAAUUUAACUCUCAAAAAUAAAUGUUCAACGCAGAAGUUUUAAAUAAUAGUGUAAAUAUAAAAUUAAUUAUCAUAAAAUAUACAGCAUAAUAUACACUAUAAAUUAACUUUCUAGCAUUACUAAACUAUUAAUAUAUACAACAAGUAAAUAUAUAUUUUGUACAUAAAACGGAUUAAACGGUUUAUAUGCAAUGGAAAAAGAAAGGACAUUACAACAAAAUACGCGCAAUUGCAAUAAAUUAUAAAUAUUGUGAUAAUAUAAACUAAAUAAUAAUUAUUUUACUUCUCAAUGCUUAAUAAAAUUGUUUAUACUUUUUAUUAGGCUUUUGUUUACACGUAAUUAUUAAAUUUGAUAGUUUAUCACAAUACAGCAAUGUAUUAGAUACAGAAAAUAUAAAGAGAAAAUCCAUGCAAAGUAAAAUAUUACGCUAACAUAUGCUGUUCAAUGCUCGCAAAGACCCUUAUAUGUAUAAUAUAUUGCUCUUUUUUUAUUCCAUUUUAAUUUGAAUAAAUGAAAUCCCUAUUUCAUAAUAAAAUUAUUGCAAACAACGCGCCGUAUUCGGCAAAAAAUAAAAGGAUGAAACUGAAUUCAAUAAUACUUAAUACUACUUUGUAACACACAGUUCCAUUAUCAUUUUAACAAAACUGUUAUCAUCGAUAGAUUUUCGUGUGUUAACGAUUUAACAAUGUUAGCAUUAUAUAUAAUGUGAUUUAUUUUGAAUGUCAAUGGUUAGUUGUAUAUACAAUAUUUAAGUUAUAAUCUUAAUGAUAAUGUAAUCACUGGAUUUUUAGAUUUUGGAAUGCCUAAUAAUCAUAUGAAUCAAAUCGAUCUUCUGAAAUUGGCUAUCUCAAUCUUACAAUUAUAUAUGUAAUAUAUUUUUCAUUGUUAACCUGUAAGCUUUAGCAGAUGUACAAGCGAUCUAUAAUAAACGAUAAAAUCCUAAUGAA